AUGGUCCGCAUCGCCAAGGCCCUGGGGUUGGUUAUCCUGUGCGUCGCCGUGCUCAUACUGUCGCUCAUCAGCUAUGUGUCCCUCAGAAAAGACAGCCUCUUCGGCUCCUCCAAAUAUUACAUGGGAGGCCCGAGGAUCAUGUUCCACGCAGGAUUUCGGUCUCAGUUCGCCAUGAAUUUCCUGGACCCCUCCUUCAUCCCGUUAACCAACGCCCUGAAUGAGGAGCUCCAAGGAAAACCCUCCAAAUGGAAGUUCAACAAGACGGCGUUUCAUCUGCAGAAGAAAGACAUCUUCAGCUACAUCGACAUUCCCACCAACUUCUCCCUCACGAAGAACAGCGUGCGCGUCGGCCAGCUGAUGCACUUCGACUACUCCAGCCACAAGUACGUCUUCUCCAUCAGCAACAACCUGAAGUCCCUGCUGCCGGACGCCUCCCCCAUCCGCAACAAGCACUACAGCGUGUGCGCCGUGGUGGGCAACAGCGGCAUCCUGACAGGAAGCCACUGCGGCCCGGAGAUCGACCAGGCCGACUUUGUCUUCCGCUGCAACUUCGCCCCCACGGAGGUGUACUCCAAGGACGUGGGCAAGAAGACCAACCUCACCACCUUCAACCCCAGCAUCCUGGAGAGGUACUACAACAACCUGCUGACCAUCCAGGACAGGAACAAUUUCUUCCUCAACCUGAAGAAGCUGGAGGGAGCCAUCCUGUGGAUCCCCGCCUUCUUCCUGCACACGUCAGCCACGGUGACCAGGACCCUGGUGGACUUCUUUGUGGAGCACAAGGGGCAGCUGAAGGUCGAGCUGGCCUGGCCGGGAAACAUCAUGCACGAUGUCAACAAAUACUGGAAGACUAAAAACCUCUCCCCGAAGCGCCUCAGCACGGGGAUCCUCAUGUACACGCUGGCGUCCGCCAUGUGCGACGAGAUCCACCUCUACGGCUUCUGGCCCUUCGGCUGGGACCCCAACACGGGCAACGAUCUGCCUUACCACUACUACGACAAGAAAGGGACCAAAUUCACCACCAAGUGGCAGGAGACCCACCAGCUGCCCAGCGAGUUCAAGCUGCUCUACAAGCUGCACAGGGACGGCGUGAUCAAACUCAGCCUGACGCACUGCUCCUAG